AAAAAGCAACAUGUUAUCCCAAUUGGUGCUGCUGGCGUUGUGCACUUUUCUGAAUGGAAGGAAAAAUCAAAAGUUCAUGCAACUUGCAAAUGCAAAAGGAACCCAGACACACGCCGACUCGAACACAACAAAACGCAUUUUCGCCGGCAAAACAUGCAAUAGUUGGCAAAAAAACGUUGAACGUGAAACGUGCACAGCAUAGACAUGCCAUGAAGGAGGCAUCAAUAUCAUCAUCCGUAAAGCUACAAAAAAAAAAAAAAAAAAUAAACAACAAAAUAAAAAGGCGGCAUGAUAGCAAAAAAUCUGUAAAAAAUUAAAAAGAAAACAACCAAACAUUUGUAACAAAAGUGAAGUGUUUACACAAAAAUGGAAAAACAAAUCGAAGCUCCCAAUUAAAAAUGUUAUUGUUAUGAAUCGAAUAUACUUGGUCUAAAUAAAUUAUGAUUGUGGAAAAUAUUUGAUAAAAUAAAAUCAUUUAAAAAUCUUUAUCGGUGAAAUAAUUAACAAAAGUUUCCAAGAACCAAAGUUAAUACGUCAACCAAAGGGGUUAAUUCCUUUUUAUAUAAAUUAUUUCUUAAAUUCAAAGAAAUCAUGUUUGGCUAUAAAAAAGAAUAGAAAAAUGGAUUAAAACUGAAGCCUCAAGGUAUAGCAAAAGGAAAAUCAAGGAGCAAGCGGAAGUGAAAACAAAGUUUAUUCGUGGUGGUGGUAGCUGUAUUACCAAACUCCAUUAUCCGUCAAGUGUUAAAGAGUAUAAUGCGGCCCACACCAUGUCAACUCUUGCAAACACUUCAAAAACGGAGGCACGUUCCACUAACACUGUGAGACAGCUAAGUCGGAAGCGGAUAUGCAUGGCAAUGGAGGACAUGUGCAUUAGUCGCACCAUCAAUGCAAGAAAGACAAACAUCGAAGUCGCAUCCCCUGCCAAAGACAGUCACACAAUGGGACGCAAUGUGCAAGACAGGAAACAUGUUUACAUUCAACAAUUACCGCUUCCAUGGUGGUGCUAUUGGUAUCUUGUCAUUUGCACCAACUUAUUAUUUUGUUGCUCCUGGACACAUGCCAUCCAACCCAGAACCUUAGGUACAGCAGUCACGUGGUCUACUCCGGGAGCUUUCGAGAAACCAACAACACUCAACUCAGAUAUGGCACCAAGUGUGGCUAGGACACCACACCGAGAUGGUUUAUUUGCAGCUGUCAAUGGUAACCCAACAACCGGAGAUGAGAAAACAAAAGCCGCUAUAGCUGUUACCAGCAACUUUGUGGGUGAUCUUACCAAAGAUUUCCAGGGUGUAUAUAUUUUCGGAAGUAAUGAAACUAUAAACCAAACCCAUGGUAUUGUGCAGAGUGGAAAGACCAAAGCAUUUAAAGUUGCCUUAAACUCAUCACGUAAUGCAGUGGAUGGCUUAGCCAGCAGGACGGGUGCUGGUGUUGUUGCUGUAGCUCACACAGAAACAGGACAUGACCUCCCUACGGUGGAUAGAGAUUAUGCAACAUCAACCACUGGCCCAACAAAGAGCUUCGCCUCCACUAUCAUAGCCGCAACGGCAAUUAGCCAUGUAGGCAGUGAAUCCACUGCCAUGGCUUGGGAUUUUAAUCAUACAGAGAACUAUGAGGAGAUAACUUUCCAUGAGGAGUGUCUUCAAAGUAGCAACUCAUUGGCUCAUGUCUUUACAGUGGCUCUCUAUUCAGUGGUAUGUGUGGUGGGUCUAUUUGGCAACACCUUGGUGAUAUGGGUGGUUUUUCGUUUCUCCAAAAUGCAAACUGUCACAAAUAUUUAUAUCUUAAAUUUGGCCAUAGCUGAUGAGUGCUUCCUCAUAGGUAUCCCCUUUCUGCUGUACACCAUGCGUAUAUGCAGUUGGAAAUUUGGUGAAUUUGUGUGCAAGGCCUACAUGGUAAGCACCUCCAUAACUCAGUUUACUUCAUCCAUAUUCCUGCUGAUAAUGGCCGCCGAUAGAUAUCUGGCGGUGUGUCAUCCCAUCGAAUCGCCACGGUAUCGAACGAUACGCAUUGCAAAGUUGGUCUCCGUGAUAGCCUGGGUCACCUCGGCCGUGCUUAUGAUGCCGGUGAUUCUCUUUGCCAGCACAGUGCGCCAAGAAGAUGGCAUCAACUACUCCUGUAACAUUGACUGGCCGGAGGUGUACAAGAAGCACUCAGGUACCACCUUUAUACUCUACACAUUCCUGCUGGGCUUUGCCACCCCUUUGUGCUUCAUUCUGGUGUUCUACUAUUUGGUGAUACGCAAGCUGCACAGUGUCCAGCAGAAGCACAAGUCCAAGGAGAAGAAACGUUCGCACCGCAAAGUGACACGUUUGGUGCUGACGGUCAUCACGGUGUACAUACUCUGCUGGUUGCCACAUUGGGUGUCACAAGUGUCGUUGAUCAACUCCUUUGUGGGUCACAAGGAAUUGACUCGUCUGGAAAUUCUGCUAAUAUUGCUGUUCGGUUGUUUAGCCUAUUCCAACUCGGCCAUGAAUCCCAUACUUUAUGCUUUUCUGAGUGACAAUUUCCGCAAAUCAUUUACCAAGGCAUUCAGCUGUGUUACCAGCCAUGAGGUAGAGGCCCAGUUGAUCAACGAAAAUAGUGUUGUCACCCACAAACGUAGUGGAAGUGCAUUGAAUAAGCGAAAGGGCUCGCGACGAAUGUCCAUACCCAGGGCUGGGCCAACACCGCAAAACAAUUGCUUUCUAGCUCCAACCAUUGUCCAUAAUAGUGGAGGGGGUUCAUCAUCGGGAACCUCGGCCUCAACCGCCACCACAGCCACUGACAAAUCGUCCAAUAGCAACAAUAAAUCGAAAAGGGAAGUCAAUGGUGAUAUUGUGUGUACCGCCGCAACAAAGGAGGGUGAAAAAAUCACUUUGGCCGUAAAUCAUCAGCCUGGGAACGAGAUGGAAAAAACACAAACUCAAACCAAUGUGUAGACAAACCAAUUUGCAAAACGCCUUGAGAUAUACUCUAGAAAAAGAGUUGGGAAGAAUAGCAUCCCUGUUGUAUGUAACGGAAUUGAAGCAGUAAAUAUGGUAAUAAAAAUGGUGGCCAGAACCAAAGUAUGCUGCAAAACGAAUAUUGAUACAAAAGAGUCUGUAUUUUCGGAUUUCUUUACAUUAGACUAGUUUGUAGGUUAUAAGCAGAUAUAAGAAUAUAAAAAGAGCAAAAAUACAGCAUUAAAAGAUUUUAAA